GGAGUUUCCUGGUCCCCUGGUCAUGCUCAUUGUAGAGGGGAUGCUGCUCUUGUACCUGGAGCUGGCUGUGGGGCAGCGCAUGCGGCAAGGCAGCAUCGGUGCCUGGAGGUGCCCCUACCUCAGUGGUGUCGGUGUUGCUAGUGUGGUGGUCUCCUCCUUCCUCUCAAUGUACUACAACGUCAUCAAUGCCUGGGGCUUCUGGUAUCUCUUCCAUUCCUUCCAGGAUCCCCUGCUGUGGUCUGUCUGCCCACUGAAUGGUAACCGCACAGGCUACGAUGAGGAGUAUGAAAAGGCUUCGUCAAUGCAGUACUUCUGGUGCAGGAAAACACUCAACAUCUCACCAUCCAUCCAGGAGAAUGGAGGAGUGCAGUGGGAGCCAGCACUGUGCCUCAUCCUGGCCUGGCUGAUGGUGUAUCUGUGCAUCCUGAGGGGCACUGAGUCAACCAGCAAGGUUAAGCUAAAGCUAGAUCACAUGUCCAGCCAUCCUUCCCACAAGAAAAAGAAGGAAGCCACUUUAUUUGAAAGUGACCUUCAGGCCAUGACUUGCCGCUCCCUCAACUGGUACUGGAAGGCCAUGUGGGCGUUUGUGAGUCCAAUACUCAUCAUCAGCCUCUAUGUCUUCUACCUGAGUGACUAUAUCCUCUCAGGGACACUGCAGUACCAAGCCUGGGAUGGCACUCAGGGGCAGCUGGUGACCAAGGAUUACCCCCCACAUGCACCAGCUGUCAUCGGUUUGCUGGUGGCUUCAUCUACCAUGUGCAUCACCCUGCUGGCCCUGGGGAUUUUCAUCUGGAAUUGCCUCAAGAGGGGAGGUUCAUCCCCAGUGGUCUAAGAAUGGACC